GAAAAUGGUAGCAGCGCACACCUCUGGCCAUUCCUCUGCGUCUGCAGAUUGGAUUAUUUGCCUUGAUAAAAGACCUGCUGAGCGCUCUGGGGAAGAUGUGGAGAUCAUCCUGGCCAGGCUGAAAUGUGUGAAGGCCUUUGAGCGGUUCCACCCUAGCCUUCUACAGCAGAUAUGCCUGUGUGGAUUCUACGACUGUCUAGAGAGGGGUAUCACAUUAUACCGGCAAGGAGAUAUUGGUACCAGCUGGUAUGCUGUCAUCUCUGGCUCACUUGAUGUGAAAGUGUCAGAGACAGCAAAUCAUCAGGAUGCUGUCACGAUCUGCACUCUGGGUAUUGGGACAGCAUUUGGGGAGUCGAUCCUGGAUAAUACCCCUCGGCAUGCCACCAUUGUCACCCGGGAAUUCAGUGAACUCCUCCGCAUCGACCAGAGGGAGUUUAAGUCUCUGUGGGAGCCCUACAGGAAGGCACUAGUGAGUGAGUUGGUCAGGAUAGGAGGUGUCACACUGUCCAAAGGCCCCUGUCUGUCCUGUCCUGGUUGA